GGCACAGUCGAUAUUUUAAUUAUAUUCUCGAUUUAAUAAUUCGUUUCAUAUCGAAACGGUUAAUCGAUAGCCCGCACUCGCCUGUCAAAUGUCAAAAUGAGUUAACCUAAAAAAAAUCAUAUUCAUAAUAGAUUGGCCUUUCUGUUAUUUACAAUUAUUUAUUAAGCAAAUAAUGCAAAUUCGGAAAAACGGAGACUUAACAACACUUGAUUUCAAUAGCUGACAAAUAGAGCACAUCAAGGAUUUCCACCUUCCAGUUUUCAGAGAUCCAUGACAGUGGUAUUUGAAAAAACAAAUUAUGCUAGAUUUGUUAACAUUAAGAAACCGAAAAAAACGUUAAUUGUGGAACUCGAUACGCUCCUAACAGGUAGUAAUAGUUUUAAUAAAAUAAUGGACUUGGAGAGUGUUGGAACUAGCAAUGGUUUGCGAAGAAAAAAAUUGAAAGUGUCUUUAGAAAAAGAUCUAUCAAAACGGGAUUUGUCCAGUCUGCCAAAGUCUGUUCUACAGAGGAUAUUUUCACACCUAGACACACAGUCAAUUCAUAAUUGUGCAGUGCUAUGCUCAACUUUCUAUAAUCUGUCUAAGGACAGUUCCUUAUACAAAAUUUUAAACUUAAAUUAUAGGAUGUCUGAAAAUGCUCUAGAAUAUCAUAUUUCAAAAAUAACUCAUCCAGAUACAGUAGAGAUUGAGUAUGACUCUGAUCAAAGCCAGGAUGAUGAUCUCACAUUUUUUAAUCACUCUAUUGUAAAGGUUCUAAGAAAUUGUGGUGAGGAUAUUUUUUCAUUGAAGUUAGAUAAUUGUAAAGAAGAAGAGGUAUUAACAAAUAUUGAUAAUUGUGUUAAUCUAGAAAGACUGAUUCUGCAUAGUUGCAAGAGCACGUUCAGUUCGUUACUAUCCUUAUGCAAAUUAAGGACUAUCAAAUUUUCUUCAUGUCAUUUCCCACAGAAAAUCGUUAAAGAAGUAAUAAAGAACAACUUGUACUUGAAAAGCCUUUACUUAUCGAAUAACAUAAAUGUAAAUCCCAACGAACUGUGCGAGGUAAUGUCGCGGCAAUCGUACGAUAUUAAAGACAUUCAUAUUAACGAGAGGAAACGAUUGAGAGCACGAAGUCUGAAAACCUUAUCAAGACUGACUAAUUUAAGAAAACUAUCUAUUAUUUCUGAGGCUGGUUUCGAUUGUAAUCCAGAAGAUUCUUUUGAACUGUUGGCAGCUGGAUGUUCAUUCUUGGAAAAAUUAUGUAUAGAUAACUGGAAAGAGAUAAACGACGCAAAUUUCAUAUCUGCCUUACGGAUGUUUAGUCAGCUAAAGACAUUAAUUUUAAGAAGAACCAAUAUUACAAUAAAAACUUGCAGGGAGGCCGCCAUUACACUUCCGUUGUUAAAAACUUUGAUUGUUGUUAAGUGUCAAAGGAUAAAAAAAGCACAGUUGCUUUUACUUAAAAAGGAUUUUGAAGAUAUUGAUAUACCUUUACAAUAAGGUUUUUGUACCUAAAAGAAAUAAAAUUAAUUUUUCGUAA